AUGCUUAAAAAUAAGCAAAACAAAGAUGUUGCAAACAAGCAAGAGGUAACAUACACAGAAUUGAAAUUUCCCAAGUCUCAACAGAAGCAAAGAAUACCCAAGACAGACCAGAGCAAUGUCAUAUCAAGUGAAGAGCAAGUAAAGUUCAUGGAACUGAAAUUUACCUCUUCUCAUCUACAGCACGAAAGAAGGUUUGCUAGGAAAAAAAGAAAAGUAUUUUUUACCAGAGAAGAGCAAAACCAAAAAAUAGCACUUAUUCCCAGUCUACCUUCUAAAAAUGGUGAAUGUUCCUGUGAUCUUUGUUCAAGUCACUGGAUUGGAUUUGGAAAUAGCUGUUAUCAUCAUUCCAGUGAACUCAAAACCUGGCCAGAGAGCCAUGCUGCCUGUGCCAAGCUGAAUUCCCAUCUUCUGAAGAUAGAUAUCAAUGAAGAGCUGGAAAUCUUAUCAAUCUUUCAAAUGAAAGGAUGGAUAGGUCUCAAAAUCAAUGAAACAAAUGGGUUCUGGUUAUGGGAAGAUGGCAUCAAAGGGAUCCAAAGUGUAUUAAAAUUUCUGAAAGGAGAUAACCAUAGCUGUGCAUAUAUAGAAGGAAAAUAUGUUUAUGCGGAUGACUGUUCAUCUCGGAAAAGUUAUGUCUGCGAGUUUAGUAUUUAG